AUGCCAAAAAUCAGAACUAGCAGAACGAAGCCUCCUCCAGAAGGAUACGAGGAGAUUGAAAACGUGUUGGAGGACUACGCGCGCAAGAUGCGUGACGCCGAGAAUGAGUCGCACGAAGGCAAGCGAAAGAAUGAGUCGCUGUGGCCCAUUAUGCGCAUCUCCCACACGCGUUCCCGCUACAUCUACGAGCUAUACUACAAGCGAGAGGCCAUUUCCAAAGAGCUUUAUGAUUGGCUGCUCAAGCAAGGAUAUGCGGACGCAAAUCUGAUAGCCAAGUGGAAGAAGCCCGGAUAUGAAAAAUUGUGCUGCGUUCGCUGCAUCCAGUCCAAGGCGAGUCUUUCUCUUGUUUAUCCUUAA